AUGGAAAUUAUCCGCAAGAAUUUCCGAAGAAUUGAGCUCCGGACAAGAAACUUUGGAGGUCCUCCAGGUUGGACAUGGAAUCCAUCGCCCUUCUGAAUAGCAAGAACAAAGUCAACGUUAAAACUAUUGAACCCUUCAUGGAAAAUAUCACACAAUAUUGUACCAGUAGUUUCUAUAAGAUACAGUGAACUUCUAUUCUUCAGUGUAUAUUAGUAUUCAUUAUUUGAAGUGCAAUAACGAAGUAUAAUCAUGGCUGGAUGGGCUUUCGAUGUGUUCCUCAGUUUUAGGGGCCAAGAUAUUCGCCAAAACUUUAUUGGCCAUCUCUACGAGGCUCUUCGUUCCAAGGGUUUCCAUAUAUUCCUUGACGAGGAGAAACUCGAGAGUGGCCAAGAUAUACCCGGGUCGCUCAUCAGGGCGAUCGAGGAGUCGAGAAUUGCUAUCUUGCUGUUCUCUGACAACUAUGCAACUUCAUCUUUUUGCUUAAAUGAACUUGUCAAGAUCAUGGAGUGCGCUAAGGCUGAGGUCCAGAUGGUUUUACCGGUUUUUUAUGACGUAGAUCCUUCUCAUGUGAGACAUCUGAGAGGAAGCUAUGGAGAAGCAUUGGUUAAGCAUGAGGAAAGGUUCAAAAGUGACAAUAAUGGAAUCUUAAAGGAAGUAGACAUGGAGAAGUUGGAGAAAUGGAAGAUGGCUCUAAAGCAAGCGGCCAAUUUGAGUGGAAAGCACUUCAAAAUUGGGGGUGACGAUACUGAAUGUAAGCUUAUUGAGAAGAUUGUUAAUACGGUCUCUAAAUGUAUUUGCCGUGGAUAUUUACAUGUUGCAUAUCACCCUGUUGGACUGGAGUCUCAAGUUCUAAAAGUAAACUCUCAUUUGGAUGUUGGAUCUGUUGAUGUUCACAUGUUAGGAAUUUAUGGAAUUGGUGGUAUAGGUAAAACAACUCUUGCUCGUGCAGUUUAUAAUUCCAUUGCUGAAUCAUUCGAAGGUGUAUGUUUCCUUGGUAUGGUGCGAGAAAAAUCAAUGACACACGGCUUAGAACAUCUACAAGAGAUAAUGCUUUCUAAAUUACUUGGAGAGGAUAUUAAGUUAGGAGAUGUCAGUGAAGGAGUCUCAAUGAUAGAGCGUAGGUUCAACAGAAAGAAAGUUCUAUUAGUUGUUGAUGAUGUUGACAACAUGAAGCAAUUAGAAGCCAUUGUUGGAAAUCCUAGGUGGUUUAGUUCUGGCAGUAGAAUCAUUAUUACAACUAGAAACAAAGGUUUAUUAGCAAGUUAUGGGGUUGAAAGAACAUAUCAAGUGGAGGAGUUAAAUGAAAAAGAAGCUCUUAAUCUGCUUAGAUUCAAUGCUUUUAAAAAUGAUGAAGUGGAUCCAAGUUAUGCAGACAUUUUGAACUCUACAGUCACUUAUGCUUCUGGCCUUCCAUUGGCUUUAGAAGUAAUUGGUUCUAACUUGUUUGGUAGAAGUCUAGAAGAAUGGCAAUCAGCUUUAGAACAAUAUGAAAGAAUUCCCAUCAAAGAGAUCCAAAAAAUACUUAAAGUAAGCUUUGAUGAUUUGGAGGAUGAUGAGAAGAACCUGUUUCUUGACAUUGCUUGUUUCUUUAAUGGAGAUAGAUUACAAUAUGUUGAAGAAAUACUUCGUGCUCAUCAUGGUUUUUGCCCCAAAAAUGGAAUCCGAGUGUUGGUUGAUAAAUCUCUAAUAAAGAUUGAUGAUGAUAAAGUGACGAUACAUGAUUUGAUACAAGACAUGGGCAGAGAAAUUGUCCGACAAGAAUCAGAAGAACUUGGAAAACGUAGUAGGAUGUGGUUUUUCGAGGAUAUUAAGCAUGUUUUAGAACAAAAUGAGGGAAGUAAUAAAAUUGGAAUCAUAAAGCUUACACUCCCCAAACUUGAUGAAAAAGUUAACUGGGACGGCAAUGCUUUCAAGAAGAUGGAUAAUCUCAGAACACUUAUCAUCAAUGAAGGUGGCUUUUUGGAAGGUCCCAAACAUCUUCCAAAUAGUUUAAAGGUGUUGAAAUGGGCAAAAUAUCCUUCAGAAUUUUUGCCAUCUCAUUUUUGUCCAAAAGAACUUGUCUUAUUCCAGUUACCUUAUAGUUGUGUAUCCUCAGUCAACAUGCUCCAGAUGCAAGAGAGGUUCAUGAAUUUGAGAGAUUUAGAUUUUAAUAACUGUAAGUUCAUAAAACAGAUACCUGAUGUAUCUGUGGCCCCAAAUUUAGAAAAAUUGUCGUUUCGCUUAUGCGUGAAUGUAACUGAAGUUCACCCUUCUGUUGGAUUGUUGGGUAAACUUAGAAAGUUGGAUGCUUGCCACUGCUCGGCGCUUCGGAGUUUUCCUGCACUUUUGUUACCAUCUCUUGAAUAUCUUGAUUUUUCAUGGUGCUCAAAUCUUGAGAAUUUUCCGGAUAUAAAGGGAAAGAUGGAAAAUUUAAUAAAGCUUGAGUUGUGCCAUACUCACAUAAAAGCAUUUCCAUUCUCAAUUCGAUUUCUUACUAAGCUUCAAACACUAGAAAUGCGGUUUUCUGGAAUUGUUAAGUUACCUAGUAGCAUGUUAGAGCUAACAGAACUUCAGAAAAUUAGCAUUUACAAAUGUGAUGGGUUGCUAUUAUAUACACAAGAUGAAGGGGAAGGGGAAGGGGAAGAACAAGUGAGUUCAGCAAUACUGUCAAUUCAGCACAACUUUGAGUUCAUUCACUGCAAUAUAUCAGAUGAGUUCCUUCAAAUUGGUAUCCCUUUGUUUACCAAUGUGAAUAAGUUAAACUUAUCAUGGAAUACUUUCACAAUUCUACCUGCAUGCAUCAAGGGAUGUUCCAUUUUAAAGGAACUUAUUUUGGAUCAUUGUGAGAAACUUAGAGAGAUACAAGGGAUUCCACCAAACAUAGAAAUAUUCUCUGCAAAACAUUGUGGAUCCUUGAAAGUCCUGGACCUCACACUUAUUCCUACAACUACAAGCACCAAAGAAUGUCACUUUUUGAAGGAAAUCUUUCUGAAUGCUUGCAUGGAUCUUCGGAAAAUUAGAGGGAUUCCACCAAGCAUAGAAGUUUUGCAUGCACCAAAAUGUACAUCCUUGACUUCGUCGUUGCAAAAUCAGGAUUUGCACAAGGGAGGAAGCAGGGAGUUUUGGUUACCAAUGCUUGGGAUUCUAGAAUGGUUCAACCACUCUUGUCAUGGAUCAUCAAUUUCUUUCUGGUUUCGUAACAAGUUCCCCGCCAUAUCUGUGUGUGUCAUUAAUGAACAUACUUGUAAAUCAUUUCGCCCGAAAUUGAUCAUCAACAACCAUGAAGUGCACGAGUUCUCCGAAUUCAGUCUAGAUACUGAUCAUUUAUCAAUUCUAGUUCUGGGUAAACUACUAACAAAAUUCAAAGUUGAGGUGGAUGAUGUGCUUUCAAAAAAUGGAUGGAACCAUGUGGUGUUUUUCAGCAAUCCCAAAUUACAAAAAGAUCAGAUGUCAUUGCUAACCAGGGCUGAUAUUACAGUCCAAAUUGGACUCCAUGUAUUUCAACGAAGUAGUAUGGAGGAUAUUCGAUUCACUGAUCCAAAAAAGGAUCAUAGAAGAUGGAUGGACACCGGACAUUCUCCAAAACAGUUUAUGAAGCCAAAUUCUAGAAUUGCGCGUCGAGACUCACACAGAGCUAAGAUACAGUUAAUGCAGCAGAAACAAAAUUUGGCUCCAUCGGAGGGACGAGGCACAAGCACAACAACAGCCAACCAGAAUUUGAAUUUUGACCUGGACGCAUCUGUAGCAAACCAGAUAAAUAGCACCACCAUUGUUCAAGCAUCCCAAGAUCAUCAGCUACCAAUGGCUCCAGGAGAAUCAUGCCAAACACCAGAUAUUUUAGAGCCCCCAUCUAUUCAGGCCCCAAGUCCUACUUCUUCAUCAAGUAGUGAACUUAGUGGACCAGAAAUAUACACAGAAACUGAAUUCAAUGAGUUUGAUGAUCCCCUAAGUAGAAAUCAAGACCAUCCAGUUCAAGAAAACAUAGAAAUGGAAGCAUUUUAUGUUUCUCUUGAAGCCAAAGCACGUGUUCUUUCAAGUUUUUGGGGUGAUAAACAUGCGAAUAACACUGCUACAAAUGAAGAGACCAAGAAAGCAUUGAUGACAGUACAAGAUUUCAUCUCCCAAGGUGCUUCAAUCUUGUUGCGUCCUGAACAAGGCAAAGUCAUGAAGGCCAACUUAGAUUACCUCUCUAAUUUGACCACAGAUGAUGGAAUCUCGGAAGGAAUGAAAACAUUGAUAUCUGAAGCUUCAUGGUUGUUCAAUCACUGGAGCAGGGACUACACUGAAGCAUGCAUGAAAAUUGAGUUCACAAAUUCUGAAUUGCAGAGAGCUUAUGAAUUAGAAGCAGGUAUGGAAGAUAACAAGAACCAAUUUUGGGAAGUUGUGGGAUUGGAAAAUGAGCUCAAGGACCAAAUCAAUGCCAUUAAGGCUUAUUUGGCUACUUGUGAAUCAGAAAAGGAUGUGGCUGUUCAGAGAAAGAGAGAGAUAUUUGAAGAAGGAAAGACACUUAAAUCUCAAAUAGACAGGUUGAAGGAAAAAAUGCCACAACUUCAGCAUGAACAGGGGUUAGCAAAGAUAAUUAGAGAAAAAAUCUCAUCUGAAUGGUCAAACUUAGGAGAAAAAUUUAAGACUACUGUUGACCAGAGCUUUUUAACGUAUGAUUGA